AGAACAGGCGGCGUAUAGGCGACAGCCGUUUUUUAAUUCUGUAAUGGUGAAUAAGAAAUAAAUAAAUAAGAUUUAUUAGACAUUAAGACCCUUAUUAUAAACUUUGAUCAUGGCUUACCAUUACGUGGUAACUGCGCAGAAACCAACAGCGGUUACAGCAUGCAUAACAGGAAACUUCACUUCACCUACGGAUCUAAACCUUCUGGUAGCGAAGGUGUCUCGUCUAGAGAUGUACCUUGUUACUCCAGAAGGACUACGUCCGAUGAAAGAAGUUGGUCUAUACGGCAGAGUGGCUAAAAUGAAACUAUUUAGACCACCAUAUGAGAAAAAAGAUUUAGUAUUCAUAUUAACGGCUCGAUACAAUGCUAUGAUAUUAGAAUGGAGGAUGGGUACCAAUGGUGAACUAGAAGUGGUAACCCGAGCACAUGGUAAUGUUGCCGAUCGAAUUGGGAAGCCAUCAGAAAAUGGUAUACUUGCAGUUAUAGAUCCACAAGCGAGAGUUAUUGGUUUGAGGCUUUAUGAUGGUUUAUUUAAAAUAAUACCACUGGAUAAGGACUCCACAGAGCUAAAAGCUGCGAGUUUAAGAUUGGAAGAGUUAAAUGUUUUUGAUUUAGAAUUUUUGCAUGGUUGUGCCAAUCCAACCUUGAUAUUGAUACACCAAGACCUCAACGGGAGACAUAUAAAGACACAUGAAAUAAAUUUAAGAGAUAAAGAGUUUUCGAAGAUACCAUGGAAACAAGACAAUGUUGAAACUGAAGCUUCUAUACUAAUUCCUGUGCCAAGUCCGUUAGGUGGAGCAAUAGUUGUUGGACAAGAGUCAAUAGUAUACCAUGACGGCCAGAGCUACGUAGCAGUCGCACCCCCACAGAUCAAGUUAACACCAGUAAAUUGUUAUUGCCGUGUGGACGAGCGCGGUAUGAGAUAUCUCCUGGGCGACAUAGCCGGCCGACUGUUCAUGUUGCUACUGGAGCUGCAAGAGAGGAUGGACGGCACGCAGACUGUUAAAGAUCUCAAAGUCGAGUUACUUGGCGACAUCCCGAUCCCCGAGUGCAUGACGUACUUAGACAAUGGCGUGGUGUUCGUGGGGUCUCGUCUAGGUGACUCGGCGCUUGUGCGACUGGCCCCCGCACGAGAGGAAGCACCCCACUAUGUUCAACCCAUGGAGACCUUCACCAGCCUCGCACCUAUCGUCGACAUGUGCGUGGUGGACCUCGAGCGUCAGGGACAGAACCAGCUCAUCACGUGCUCCGGUGCUUUCAAAAUGGGCUCACUGCGUAUAAUCCGCAACGGCAUCGGCAUCCAGGAGCAGGCGUCGAUUGACCUGCCGGGGAUCAAGGGCAUGUGGGCGCUCACUCUCGCCGAAGACUCGCAGUACCACGACACGCUCGUACUGGCCUUCGUGGGCCAGACCAGGGUAUUAACUUUAAACGGUGAGGAAGUGGAGGAAACUGAAAUAAAAGGUUUUGUCUCCGACCGACAAACAUUCUUCACGGGAAAUGUUUGUCAUGAUCAGCUAAUACAAGUGACGGACGAGGGCAUCCGGCUGAUCGCUCGCGCGGGCGGCGGCUGGCGGCUGGCGGCGCGCUGGGCGGCGGGCGCGCGCGCGCUGUCCGUGGUGGCGUGCGCCGGCGCGCGCGCCGUGGCGGCGGCCGGCCCGCGCAUCUACCUCGUGGCCAUCGGCGACGGGGAGCUGCAGCUGCUCGCCGAGGUGUGCAUGGAGGAGGAGGUGGCGUGCCUGGAGCUGGGCCCGGGCGGGGACGCGGCGCUGCUGGGCGUGGGGCUGUGGACCGACAUCUCCGUGCGCCUGCUGCGCCUGCCCGACCUCGUGCCGCUGCACACCGAGAAGCUCUCCGGCGAAAUCAUCCCUCGUUCGUUGCUGAUAUGCGUCCUAGAGGGUGUGUGCUACCUGCUGUGUGCGUUAGGAGACGGAUCCAUGUUCUACUUCACCGUGGACCAGGAGACCGGCGUGCUCAGUAAUAAGAAGAAAGUCACUCUCGGUACACAGCCGACUGUGCUUCGGAGUUUCAGGUCGCUUUCAACAACAAAUAUAUUCGCAUGCUCGGAUCGUCCCACAGUCAUCUUUUCCUCUAACCACAAACUGGUGUUCUCCAAUGUUAACCUGAAAGAGGUCACACACAUGUGCUCGCUGAAUGCACAGGCUUAUCCGGACAGUUUAGCAUUGGCCACGGACAGCACAGUUACUAUAGGAACGAUAGAUGAAAUACAGAAGCUUCAUAUACGAACCGUGCCACUCGGAGAGACACCCAGGAGAAUCGCAUAUCAGGAAGCAUCACAGACGUUCGGCGUGAUCACGAUGCGCGUGGACAAGCUGGAGUGCGCGGGCGGCGGCGCGGCGGUGGCGGCGCGCGCCAGCGCGUCCACGGCGGCCGCGAGCUGCAGCGGCGCCGCGCCCGCCGCGCACAAGCACGCGCCGCCCGCCGUCGACGUCGAGCUGCACAACCUGCUCGUCGUGGACCAGCACACCUUCGAGGUGCUGCACGCGCACCAGCUGCUCAGCACGGAGUUCGCGAUGUCGCUGGUCUCGUGUCGGCUGGCCGACGACCCGAACCACUACUACGCCGUCGGCACCGCCAUACUCAACCCGGAGGAGUCGGAGCCCAAGCAGGGUAGAAUUCUCCUCUUCCAUUGGAGUGAAGGCAAGCUCACACAAGUCGCAGAGAAAGAAAUAAAGGGCGGUUGUUACACGCUCGUAGAAUUCAAUGGAAAAUUAUUAGCAUCUAUAAAUAGUACUGUACGAUUAUUCGAAUGGACGUCAGAGAAGGAACUGCGGUUGGAAUGCAGUCACUUCAACAACAUCGUCGCUCUGUAUUUAAAAGUGAAGGGCGAUUUCAUCCUCGUAGGCGACCUCAUGAGAUCCAUGUCCUUAUUGCAAUACAAACAGAUGGAAGGUAGUUUCGAGGAGAUAGCUCGGGAUUACAGUCCGAAUUGGAUGACGGCUGUCGAAAUUCUCGACGACGACACCUUCCUAGGAGCAGAGAACAGCUUCAAUCUGUUCGUUUGUCAGAAAGACAGCGCGGCGACGACGGACGAGGAGCGGCAGCAGAUGGGCUACAUGGGGCAGUUCCACAUCGGCGACAUGGUCAACGUGAUGCGGCGCGGCGCGCUGGUGGCGCAGCUCGCCGACACCGCCGCGCCCGUCGCGCGCCCCGUGCUGCUCGCCACCGUCACCGGCGCCAUCUGUCUAGUCGUCCAAUUACCUCAAGAGUUAUUUGAAUUCCUCCACCAAUUAGAAGAGAGGCUAACCCACACGAUCAAGUCAGUCGGGAAGAUCCCGCACUCGUUCUGGAGGUCCUUCAACACGGACAUCAAAACGGAACCGGCGGAAGGGUUCAUUGACGGUGACCUCAUCGAGAGCUUCCUGGAUCUCUCGCGGGACAUGCAGCAAGAAACCGUACAAGGUUUACAGAUCGACGACGGCGGUGGCAUGAUGCGAGACGCGACAGUCGACGAUCUCAUCAAAAUCGUGGAAGACCUUACGAGGAUACACUAGUAAUUUUAAUUUAAAUAUAAGAUAAAUAAAUACGUUACGUCAGUC